AUGGCGGACGGGGGGGACACGAGUAGCAUGAUAGGCUCGCUGAUCAGCCUCAUCUCCAAGUCUCAAAUACGUUACGAGGGUGUGCUGGUGCAGAUCAGCAUAGAGACCAGCGCCAUCACUCUCUCCAACGUGCGAUCUUUCGGCACGGAGUCGCGGCGCCCCUCGGGCCAGCAGGUGCCACCAUCUGACCAGGUCUAUGAGUACAUCGUCUUCAAGGGCGAUGACAUCCAGGAGCUGACUGUCCUGGAGAACAAGGCCGCGCCGCUCCCCAGCGACCCGGCCAUCCUAUCCGCGCAGCCCGCGCCGCCCGCGCCGCCGCCGCCGCUGUUCCCGCCCCCGGGCGCGUUCCCAGGCGCCCCGCCGGGCGCGCCGCCGCCGUUCCCGCCGGCCAGGGUUAUGCAUAGCUGA